AUGUCUGUUUUCUUCAAAGAGAUUCUACCUGGAAACCCUGUUCAGGCAGGCGACGUCGAGACCCUUCUUGACCCCCUCAACCUCACCAUUCGUCCCGAAGAGUCAUCAGAAUACCAACUCCUCCUCGCAGCCGUUCACGACUGCGCAGAACGCGUCUCCAAUCUUCCCGACUAUCAGCCCGUCCCGGAUAUCGAGAGAUUUCCCCGUCAAAACAUCCACCUUCCCGAAGAACACGAGCAAAGCUACGGUCAUGCCUGGGCGCACCGUUUCAUCAUCGAAGGCGACAAGUGCUCGCGCUCAGCUCUGGCAGGGAAGUCUGUUUGUCUGAAAGACUGUAUCGCUGUAGCUGGUGUGCCGCAGUUCUUUGGAAGCGAUGCAUUUCCUGCUUGGACGCCGUCGACUGAUGCGACUGUUGUCACGAGAGUUCUCGAGGCGGGCGCUGUGAUUACGGGAACAGCGACGUGUGAAAACUUCUGCAACUCAACAUCCUCUUUCACAAGUGCGCAGGGCACAAUCGACAACCCACACAAAGCAGGGUAUUCUGCCGGCGGCAGUACCUCUGGUGGCGCGGCUCUUGUCACGGGCGGUCUCGCCGACAUUGCUAUCGGUACAGAUCAAGGAGGCAGCAUCCGUGUACCAGCCUCGCUAUGCGGUUGUGUUGGUUUCAAGCCAACGCAUGGACUUGUCCCAUAUACGGGUAUCACUAGUGGCGAUCAGAUUGAUGACCAUGCCGGACCACUCGCGAGGACAGUUGAUGAAGUUGCUGCUUGCUUGGAUGUCAUUGCGGGCUACGAUGGGGUUGACGACCGAUCACUUGGCGCACCUUCACCUGGAACAUUCAACUACUUGGACGCAUUGGCCAGUGCAUCAGUGAAGGGUCUUCGAAUUGGCGUUCUGAAAGAAGGUUACGACAAUGAUCUUGUACAGCCGGGAGUCAAGAAGACUUUCUUCAACACCAUCAAUAGGCUCAAAUCUCUCGGCGCUACUGUCGAAGAAGUCUCGAUUCCUCUUCAUAAAGAAGGUCCUUCAAUAUGGACCAUUCAGCAACGCAUAUCUGGCUCGGCUGGCAUUCUGGGCCAAGCCAACGGUCGUCGAGGUCUCUACCUGACCGAGUUCGAGCAAGCCCGUCUUCCUUGGACAUCUUCUGAAUUCGAGAAGCUCUUCCCAUCCACCAAGAAUACCGUCAUCAACGGCAUCUAUCUCUCACGCAAUUUCCCCGGCCUCUACGCAAAGACGGUCAACAUCGGCCGCCAAAUACGCGAUGCAUACGAAGCAAAGUUCAAAGAAUACGACGUCAUCAUCAUGCCAACAACGCCCUUCGUCGCACCGCGUCACGGCUCACGAGAGUCUGUGCUCAAGUCAUUCGAGCCGAGCAUCGGGAUGACGAACAACACUGCCAUCUUCAACGUGACAGGUAACCCCGCUCUGUCGCUUCCCGUUGGUUGGUCAAAGGCUGUUGAUGAUGAGAGUGUUUUGUUGCCGGUUGGGUUACAGAUCGUUGGUGGCCUUUGGCAAGAGAAGAAGGUUCUGAUCGUUGCGAAAACGUUGGAGAGUAGUUUUGACUGGGAGCAGGAGGGGAAGUCUACGGUUGAAGAGACGGAGGAUGUCCUGAAUGAGGUCCGACGCGUCAGAGAAUCUUCACAUCUGUAG